UGCAUUAAAGGACACAAAACUUAUCAUAUAUGGAAGAUCUUUGGGAGGAGCUGUGGCAAUUGAUUUGGUGUCAAAAAAUGAAGAAAAGGUUGAUGCCAUGAUAGUGGAAAAUACAUUUCUUAGCAUUCCAAAACUUCUUCCAACAUUUUUUUCACCACUUCGCUAUUUUACAUUUUUCUGUUCUCAAAUCUGGCCAUCUGAAAAAUCAAUAUGUAAUAUUCACAGGAUUCCAAUUUUAUUCUUAUCAAGUGAUAAAGAUAAAUUAGUACCAAAAGAACAUAUGAAAGAAUUAUAUAAUUUGACAAAUACUCAAAGAGGUAAAAUCUGGAAAAAUUUUCCAAAUGGACAUCAUGCAAAUACUAUUAAUCAACCAGGAUAUUUUGAGACUAUUGAAAAAUUAUUGAAAUGUGUUGUGAAUAAUGAAGAAAUAGAGUUUAUUGGAGACCAAAAUUUAAGUCA